CCAAAACACAUGGUCAGGUCUCCCACAGCAACACCUCACUCAUGGUACCCACUUCUUAGGGUUGUUAUUGCUGUAGACUAUUCAGAACAGCUGCCCACACCUAAUUCCCUCUGCGAUGGACUCAAAAGGCCACAAGAAGCUCGGCCGACGUAAGAAAAACAAAAUCAAGAACCAGGAGAGAUUGAUCAAGAAGUUUCCUUACAGGUUACCUCGUUUGACGGAGCCUAGCCCAGAAUCCACACAAUCUUGGAAGGCCAAGAACAAAUCACUGAAGGACAAGCUGCCCUUACAGAAGAAUCUGGUGCCAACCAGGUCCAUCCCCAUGCCAGGGCUCGGUGCUCCGGAAGUCACAUGGCCACUCAGCUUCUACUCACCGAUCCCAAACCCCCCACUGUGUCACCUCUGGGAACUUAAAUUACUGCAGCUCCGUUUCCCCACACAAGACUCUCCCAAGCUGCCUCCUCUGCAGGCCGCUGCAGACCAAUCCCCUACCAAAACGACUUGAGAGUCAUCUGAGAGCGUCCCCUAGAACACCUGCUUCUCAAGGCUCCUCUCUUAGCCCCAUUCUUUCUGCUCCAGACAGCUGCCUCAGAGACAUUUGUAAAGGGGGCAGCCUUGGAGACCACCAGAAACCAGAAGUGGUCCAUCCCCCCACAGGCAAAGACCGUACAGCACCAAUAAACUUUGCAGGUUCAA